AUGCCAAACAAAACACCAAACUCCUGGGAAGAGGAACUCUCCCAACAAACGGAAAAUGUGAAUAUGAACCAAGGUCUGAAUGACCUCAGUAACGGCGAUACCACGGACGCUACCGAUUCUGGUUCCGUUGCUAAAACAACUACUGCUAAACCCCUGGAUAAGAGUAGAGGUUCUAUAGCCAGUGCUUCUGGCAAGUCUUCGGUCAAAUUGCCCGGUCGCUCUAUCUUAGCUCGCGGCAAUAUCGAAGCUGCCAAGGCUGCUCGUGCUGCCGAUGCUGUCGCCAAAGCACAGCAGGCCGACGUCGAUGAUGCCACCCUGAAAGAGAUAUACGGAGAGAAGCGUGAGCACGUUAACGUUGUCUUCAUUGGUCAUGUUGAUGCUGGAAAGUCUACCCUGGGUGGAUCUCUGCUAUAUUGCACCGGCAUGGUGGAUGACCGUACGAUGGAGAAAGUUAAGAGAGAAGCGAAGGAGGCUGGAUGCCAAUCCUGGUAUAUGUCUUGGGUUCUAGAUCUGACGGAAGAGGAGCGAACCAAGGGUAAGACUGUGUCUUAUGUUCCCCAUAUGAUUGGUGGUGCUUCUCAGGCAGACCUUGCCUGCCUCGUCAUUUCUGCCCGCAAGGGUGAGUACGAGACCGGAUUCGAAAAGGGUGGCCAAACACGUGAACACGCCCUUCUUGCCUGUAACAGCGGUGUGCAAAAAUUGGUCAUUGUCGUCAACAAGAUGGAUGACCCCACUGUCGACUGGUGCAAAGCGCGUUUCGACCAGUGCACUGCUAAGGUUAUUAAGUUCUUGGAAGCUCUUGGCUACAAGAAAAAGGAUAUUCUCUGUAUGCCCGUUUCAGCCCAGCGUACGCUGGGUAUCAAAGAACGCAUUCCAAAGGACGUCUGUCACUGGUAUAAUGGUCCUUCCCUACUAGAAUAUUUGACGGACUUUGAGCUCCCUGAGCGUAAAAUUAAUUCUCCGUUCAUGAUGCCGGUCACUUCUAAGUACCGAGACAUGGGCACAAUGUGUGAAGGCCGGGUUGAAUCUGGUGUCAUAAAAAAGAACAGCAGCUACUUGUUGAUGCCUAACAAAACCGAAGUUUUGAUAUCCGCUCUCUACGGCGAGACAGAAAACGAAAUAUCGACUGCCAGUGCCGGUGACCAGGUUCGUCUCCGUCUGCGUGGUGUCGAAGAGGAAGAUCUACUCCCAGGCUUUGUGCUUUGCUCGCCGAAGCGUCCUGUUCACUGUGUGCAUACCUUCGAGGCCAAGAUUCGUAUCUUGGAUUUAAAGAACAUUCUCACUGCCGGUUUCAAUUGUGUGAUGCACGUUCAUUCUGCUGUCGAGGAGGUAACUUUUGCUCAACUUCUCCACAAGCUGGAGUCAGGAACCGGCCGCAAAAGCAAGCGUCCGCCGUCGUUCGUCAACAAGGGUCAGACAAUAAUUGCCCGCCUUGAGGUCACUAGCGCUGCUGGAGCUGUGUGCGUGGAAGAGUACACAACGCUAGAAUCGAUGGGAAGAUUUACCCUGCGCGAUCAAGGCCAGACCAUUGCGAUUGGUAUGAUCACUAAACUCAUCCUCGGGGGCAACGAACAUUAA